GUGUAAGUGUAAGACGCCAAUUGGAAUAUUUGCAAAAACACGUGCACGUGUCUAAAAGAACCGAAACAAAACCGGGGCUCCAAGUGCCGAUCAACAAGUGGAAAGCCCAAAACAGACAGCAACUUACGCAUUUGCUUAAAGCUCAACACUAAACAGAGAUAUGAGCGAUACGGACUGUUAUCUGUUGCUGGAGGAUGGCAGCGUGCUGCCGGGCAAAGCCUUCGGAGCACAUGGCACAGCGCGCGAUGGAGAGGUGGUCUUCCAGACGGGCAUGGUGGGCUAUACGGAGGCGCUGACGGAUCGUUCGUAUAGCGCGCAGUUUCUGGUGUUGACUUAUCCGCUGAUAGGCAACUAUGGCGUGCCGGAUGUUCAGGAGCUGGACGAGUUUGGGCUGCCAGAGCACUUUGAGUGGCUGGAGGGUGCCAUACAGGUGGCGGGACUGGUAGUGGGUGAGAUCUGCGAGACGCCCUCGCAUUGGCGCGCCAAGCUGAAGCUUUCCCAAUGGCUGCAGCAGCAGAAUGUGCCAGGCAUAAGUGGCAUCGAUACUCGCGCGCUGACCAAGAAGUUGCGUGAGCAGGGCAGUCUGCUGGGCAGGAUUGUGUACGAGCAGCCGCCCACAGCGAGCGCGCCGCAGCGUGAUAGCUUCAAGGAUCCCAAUGAGCGCAAUCUGGCCAUGGAGUGUGCUGUUCGAGAGACGCGUCUGUUCAAGCCAGUGCAAGGCACUGGCGCUGGACCACGCAUUGCCAUUGUGGACUGUGGGUUGAAGUUGAAUCAGCUGCGCUGCCUGCUCAGACGUGGCGCUCAGGUGCAGCUGCUGCCUUGGAAUGCUGCGCUCCAGCCAGAGGAUUUCGAUGCGCUGUUCCUUUGCAAUGGUCCCGGCAAUCCGGCGCAGUGUCAGCAGCUGGUGGACAAAGUGAAGCAAGUGAUUGCCAGCGGCAACAAGCCCAUCUUUGGCAUCUGUCUGGGACAUCAGCUGCUGGCGCAGGCGAUUGGCUGCAGCACCUACAAGCUGAAGUAUGGCAAUCGUGGUCAUAAUCUGCCCUGUCUGCAUCGCAGCACUGGGCGUUGUGUGAUGACGUCACAGAAUCACGGCUUUGCAGUCAAUCUGGAGCAGUUGCCAGCGGAUUGGGAGGAGCUGUUUGUGAAUGCCAACGAUGGCAGCAACGAGGGCAUUGUGCAUCGCAGCAAACCCUAUUUCUCGGUGCAGUUCCAUCCGGAGCAUCAUGCCGGACCACGCGACACCGAGUUCCUCUUCGAUGUAUUCAUGGAAGUCAUUAAGCAGCCGCAGCUGGCGCUGCCGCAGCUCAUAGCGCAACGCCUGCGACCCAGCAAGCCAGCCCUGCCGCUAGAGCCGCGUCCACGCAAAGUGCUCAUACUGGGCUCAGGUGGCUUGUCCAUAGGUCAGGCGGGCGAGUUUGACUACUCCGGUUCGCAGGCCAUAAAGGCGAUGCGGGAGUGUCAUAUACAAACGGUGCUCAUCAAUCCCAACAUUGCCACAGUCCAGACGUCCAAGGGCAUGGCGGACAAGUGUUACUUUCUGCCACUUACGGCGGAGUAUGUGGAGCAGGUCAUUAAGGCUGAGCGGCCCAAUGGCGUGCUGCUGACUUUUGGCGGUCAGACGGCUUUGAAUUGCGGCGUGGAGCUGGAGCGUGCGGGCGUCUUUGCCAAGUACGGCGUGCGCAUUCUGGGCACACCCAUACAGUCCAUUAUUGAGACAGAGGAUCGCAAGCUGUUCUCGCAGCGCGUGCAGGAGAUUGGCGAGCAGGUGGCGCCCUCGGAGGCGGUGAGCACAGUGAGCGAAGCGCUGGAGGCGGCCAGACGUCUGGGCUAUCCCGUCAUGGCGCGCGCUGCCUUCUCGCUGGGCGGCCUGGGCUCCGGCUUUGCCAACAACGAGCCAGAGCUUCAGGCAUUGGCGCAUCAGGCGCUGGCCCACUCGAAUCAGCUGAUCGUUGACAAAUCCCUCAAGGGCUGGAAGGAGGUGGAGUACGAAGUGGUGCGCGAUGCCUACGACAAUUGCAUUACGGUCUGCAACAUGGAGAACUUUGAUCCCUUGGGCAUACACACGGGCGAGAGCAUUGUGGUUGCUCCAUCGCAGACGCUCUCGGAUCGGGAGUACCAAAUGCUGCGCAGCACCGCCUUGAAGGUGAUUCGCCAUCUGGGCGUCGUGGGCGAGUGCAACAUUCAGUACGCGCUCUGUCCCGACUCGGAGCAGUACUACAUCAUUGAGGUGAAUGCGCGUCUGUCACGCAGCUCCGCUCUGGCCAGCAAGGCGACGGGCUAUCCCUUGGCCUAUGUGGCCGCCAAGCUGGCGCUGGGCGAGCCGCUGCCCGAGAUACGCAACUCGGUGACGGGCAACACGACGGCGUGCUUUGAGCCGAGCUUGGAUUACUGCGUGGUCAAGAUUCCACGCUGGGAUUUGGCCAAGUUCGUGCGGGUGAACAAGCACAUUGGCAGCAGCAUGAAGAGCGUGGGCGAGGUCAUGGCCAUUGGACGCUGCUUCGAGGAGGCUUUCCAGAAGGCGCUGCGCAUGGUCGACAGCGAUGUGCAGGGCUUCGAUCCCAACCAAGCCACUGUGGACAACGAGCAGCUGUCGGAGCCAACGGACAAGCGUCCCUUUGUGCUGGCGGCCGCUUUGAAGGCGGGCAUGUCCAUAGAGCGUCUCUACGAGCUCACCAAGAUCGAUCGCUGGUUUCUGCACAAGCUGAGCAACAUCAUCCAGCUGUACGGGCAGCUGGAGAGCGCAGGCAGUCAGCUCAGUCCGCAGCUGCUGCGGCAGGCCAAGCGCUUGGGCUUUGCGGACAAGCAGCUGGCGGUGGCCACCAAGAGCACCGAGCUGGCCGUGCGUCAGCUGCGCCUGCAGCAUCAGAUUCAGCCCUUCGUUAAGCAGAUCGAUACGGUCGCUGGUGAGUGGCCGGCGAGCACGAAUUAUCUUUACUGCACCUACAAUGCGACAGAGCACGAUGUGGACUUUCCGGGUGAGCACACAAUUGUGGUGGGCUCGGGUGUCUAUCGCAUUGGCUCCUCGGUGGAGUUCGAUUGGUGUGCCGUCAGCUGCUUGCGUGAGCUGCGCCAGCUGGGCAAGAAGAGCAUCAUGAUCAACUAUAAUCCGGAAACGGUGUCCACGGACUACGACAUGUGCGAUCGCUUGUACUUCGAGGAGAUCAGCUUUGAGGUUGUCAUGGACAUUUACGCGCAGGAGCGCUCCGACGGCAUUAUACUAUCCAUGGGUGGCCAGCUGCCCAACAACAUUGCCAUGGAUCUGCAUCGCCAGCAGGCCAAGGUGCUGGGCACCUCGCCCGAGUCCAUAGACUGCGCCGAGAAUCGCUUCAAGUUCUCGCGCAUGCUGGACCGAAAGGGCAUCCUGCAGCCGCAGUGGAAGGAGCUGACCAAUCUGCAGUCUGCAGUGGAGUUCUGCCAGCAGGUGGGCUAUCCUUGCUUGGUGCGUCCCAGCUAUGUGCUCUCGGGUGCGGCCAUGAAUGUGGCCUUCUCGGAUCAGGACUUGGAAACUUAUUUGAAUGCCGCCUCCGAGGUGAGUCGUGAGCAUCCUGUGGUCAUCUCCAAGUUCCUUACCGAGGCCAAGGAGAUUGAUGUGGACGCCGUUGCCGCCGAUGGCCAAAUCCUUUGCAUGGCCGUCUCCGAGCACGUGGAGAACGCUGGCGUGCACUCUGGUGAUGCCACAUUGGUCACACCACCCCAGGAUCUCAAUGCGGAGACCUUGGAGGCCAUCAAGCGCAUCACUUGCGAUCUGGCCAGCGUUCUGGAUGUCACCGGACCCUUCAAUAUGCAGCUCAUAGCCAAGAACAACGAGCUCAAGGUCAUCGAGUGCAAUGUGCGCGUCUCGCGCUCCUUCCCCUUCGUCUCCAAGACGCUCGACCACGACUUUGUUGCCACUGCCACGCGCGCCAUCGUUGGCGCCGCAGUCGAGCCGCUGGACGUGCUGCACGGUGUGGGCAAAGUGGGUGUCAAGGUGGCGCAGUUCAGUUUCUCGCGUCUGGCUGGCGCGGAUGUUCAGCUGGGUGUCGAGAUGGCUUCCACGGGCGAGGUGGCCUGCUUUGGCGACAAUCGCUACGAGGCGUAUCUCAAGGCCAUGAUGUCCACUGGCUUUCAAAUACCCAAGAACGCCAUUCUACUCUCCAUUGGCAGCUUCAAGCAUAAAAUGGAGUUGCUCUCCUCCAUUCGCGAUCUGGCCAAGAUGGGCUACAAGCUCUACGCUUCCAUGGGCACUGGAGACUUUUAUGCGGAGCAUGGCGUCGAUGUGGAGUCAGUGCAGUGGACUUUCGAUAAGACAACGCCGGACGAUAUCAACGGCGAACUCUGCCAUCUGGCCGAAUUUCUGGCCAACAAGCAAUUCGAUCUGGUUAUCAAUUUGCCCAUGAGAGGCGGCGGAGUGCGCAGGGUUUCAUCCUUUAUGACGCAUGGGUAUCGCACUCGGCGCUUGGCAGUGGACUACUCGAUACCGCUGGUGACGGAUGUCAAGUGCACCAAGUUGCUGGUGGAGUCGAUGCGCAUGACGGGCUGCAAGCCGGCGAUGAAGACGCAUACGGACUGCAUGACCUCGCGGAGGAUUGUGAAGCUGCCCGGAUUCAUUGACGUGCAUGUGCAUCUGCGUGAGCCGGGCGCCACGCAUAAGGAGGACUUUGCCAGCGGCACGGCGGCCGCUUUGGCUGGUGGCGUGACCAUGGUGUGCGCCAUGCCCAACACCAAUCCCUCCAUUGUGGACAGAGAGACGUUCAAUCAGUUCAAGGAGCUGGCGCGACUGGGCGCGCGUUGUGACUACGCGCUAUAUGUGGGCGCCUCGGAUGCCAAUGCGGAGCAUGUGCACGAGCUGGCCACGCAGGCGUGUGGCCUCAAGAUGUACCUCAACGACACCUACGGCACCUUGCGACUGAGCGACAUGGCGGCCUGGCAGCGGCAUUUGUCGCGCUGGCCUAAGCGUGCGCCCAUUGUCUGCCAUGCGGAGCGGCAGAGCAUGGCGGCAAUGCUGCUCAUGGCGCAUCUGCUGGAGCGCUCGGUGCACAUCUGCCAUGUGGCGCGCAAGGAGGAGAUUCAACUGAUACGCGCUGCCAAGGAGAAGGGCAUGCGUGUCACUUGUGAGGUGUGCCCCCAUCAUUUGUUCCUAAGCACCAAGGAUGUGGAGCGUUUGGGCGUUGGCAUGGCUGAGGUGCGGCCACUGCUGUGCACGCCCGAGGAUCAGGAAGCGCUCUGGGAGCACUUGGAGUACAUCGAUGUGUUUGCUACAGAUCAUGCGCCGCAUACGCUGGAGGAGAAGCAGUCAACACGUCCGCCACCAGGCUUUCCAGGGCUGGAGACCAUUCUGCCGCUGCUGCUGCAGGCGGUGCAUGAGGGCAAGCUCACGCUGGAGGAUAUCAAGCGUCGCUUUCAUCGCAAUCCACGCUUGAUAUUCAAUCUGCCCGAGCAGCCGCAGACCUAUGUCGAGAUCGACCUGGACGAAGAGUGGACCAUUAGCAAUGCCGAGCUGCAGACCAAGGCGCGUUGGUCGCCCUUCGAAGGCACCAAGGUCAAGGGUCGCGUGCAUCGCGUCGUGCUGCGCGGCGAGGUGGCCUACAUUGAUGGCCAGGUGCUCGUCCAGCCCGGCUACGGACAAAAUGUGCGCAACAAGCUGCAGAAGCAACUGGUCGAGAGCAACGUCAGCAGCGAGCUGCUGCCCAGCGACACCGAUGUCAAUGACACCUUCGCGCGUCUGCUGACGGAUGCCGCCGCGCCAGUUGCUGCCUCCAGCGCCCAGGCGCGUGCCACUGUGCACUUCUCGGAGGAGUCGUCGCCCAGUUUUCUGCGUCCGGUGUCGCCUGGCCCAGUGGCGCGCGUGCGCCUGGAUUCAUCCAGCAAUGUCACGCUCCGGGAGUAUCUGGCGAAGAGCUCGGCCAAUGCAAACGCACCUGGGCCUGUGGCCAAUUGUCUGGUGGGCAAGCAUGUGCUCUCCGUGGGCAUGUUCAACAAGGAGCACUUGAACGACAUCUUCAACUUGGCGCAGCUGCUCAAGUCGCGCGUCACCAAGGAUCGUCCAGUCGACGAUCUGCUGCGUGGCAAGAUCAUGGCCAGCGUCUUCUACGAGGUGAGCACGCGCACCCAGUGCAGCUUUGCUGCAGCCAUGCAGCGUCUGGGUGGACACGUUAUAAACAUGGACCAGGUCACCUCCUCGGUGAAAAAGGGCGAGACGCUGGAGGACAGCAUCAAGGUUAUGGCCAGCUAUGCAGAUGUUAUGGUGCUGCGACAUCCCGAACCAGGUGCAGUAGCACGCGCUGCGACGCAUUCACGCAAACCGCUCAUCAAUGCCGGCGAUGGCGUGGGCGAGCAUCCGACGCAGGCGCUGCUGGAUGUGUUCACCAUACGCGAGGAAAUAGGCACGGUCAAUGGUUUGACCAUUACCAUGGUGGGUGACCUGAAGAAUGGACGCACUGUGCACUCGUUGGCCACGCUGCUCACGCUCUACAACGUCACGUUGCAGUAUGUGGCGCCAGCGGGCUUGAGCAUGCCGGAGAACAUAAUGCGCUACAUUGAGCAGCGCGGCAUAACCCAGCGCACCUUCAAUACCAUCGAGGAAGCGCUGCCCAGCACGGAUGUGCUCUACAUGACGCGCAUUCAACGGGAGCGCUUCCAAAGCGAGCUGGAGUACCAGCAGUGCUGUGGACAUUUCAUUGUUACGCCCAAGAUGAUGACGCAUGCCAAUAAGCGCACCAUUGUCCUGCAUCCCUUGCCGCGCGUCGAGGAGAUCAGUCGCGACUUUGACUCGGACCCACGUGCCGCCUACUUCAGACAGGCCGAGUAUGGCAUGUACAUACGCAUGGCCCUUCUUGCCAUGGUCGUGGGUAGCCGCACAACUGCACUAUAACAGGAUAUUCACAGGAAUAUACACGCAUUAUUGUCCUUUCGAUUUUUAUACUUUUUAUACACAUUAUUACAUUGUAAUAAGAAUAAAUAUUAGUAGCA